GAAUCAUGUUUGGAUUCAACAUGUAGUCGAUUGACCAUGGCCGCGCCUUCCUUUGACUCUUUUCUCCCAAUGAAGUUGCAAAUCUGGAAAAUGUAGAAUGGAGUGGACAAGGGCCCUCUUGCUGAGCUGUCUUCUCGUAACUGCAGCAUUGGAGCAGAAUCUGGCUCUCCACGCACUUUCUACAGUUUUUUUUGCCUGUUCCUUCUAUAUCAGCAACUCGUGGAGAGGCAUGCCUGAAGGGUUGGGAGAAUUCGGGUUCUUCUCAGGUAUUCACCCUGCCAGCGUCGGCGUUAAGUAUCGCCAAUAUAGCCUGAUCUUCCAAAGGAGCUGGCUGCAAGGGCGCAGUCUCAAUGUCUCAAUGUCUCAAUGCCAGGACCCUUUAUUUACCUGUGAAUCCUACUUGCUACUUUUUCUGUCGAUUCCUCAGGAUGAGGGUUCAUUUGGAUGCGCUACGCCCCUCAAUCUCAACAUAGAUACGAUCUUCGCUCCGCUUAUUUUGGUCCGCAUACUGUCUUAUACCCCAGUGCUCAUUGUCCAAGGCCGCCAUCCUUGCCCUUACUCCCUGGUAUGGCAUGGCAUAAGAUAUAUAGCUGGUUGUAAUAAGAACCGGUAAUCAUCAGUCAUUAGCAUUCGCUUCAUUAUUAAU